CAACCAUCAUCCUCGGCACAGCGACGCUGACUAGAUUAAUUGCCCUUCUAUUGAUUAGAUUCAUUGCCCUUCACAAUGAGCGACUCAUCUGGCGUGGGGGAGCAGGUUACUGCCCUUUCGACUUCUCCAGAUGCCCCUCGCACGCGACCUCCAACGGACAAAAGACACGCGCAUGACCUCGCAGCUUAUAUUUUGCAGCAAUACGAGUACGCUACGUCUGGCAAAGGAGGCCGGCUAACGUUCUACGUCACUCAGAAGGUGUGGAGCUCCUUGGAGCCCGUCCUGCUGCGAGACUACAAACUAAGCUGUGAUUACUUUCCUCGGGCCCAGCGCCUGGUCGUUCGUAUGCAUUCUCAAAAGCACGAAAACUUCAUAUUGAAGCUCGGUUCCCGCAUCACAGCCCAGCUCGGUGUAAUAGCUAGCGAAUCUGGGCCCGCUGGCGAUUUCGCAAAGGACAUCGAGGCUGUCGGCCAGGCAACAAUUAGACCAAAGAAUCCCGGGUACGGGACACACGAUCCAGACGCUUCUUACAGGCACCUCGGAUCGCCUUUGCCCGCGGUCGUUAUUGAGGUAGCUUAUGCGCAGCGGGGCUGCACGUUACGGGCUCUUGCAGAGGACUAUAUUUUUGGAUCUCUUCUCAAAAUUCGAGUGGUGGUUGGAUUUGAUAUCAGCUACAGAAAAAAGAGAGCUACGUUCUCAGUCUGGCGGCCAGUGCAAAAUCCAGAUAACAAGGUCUGGACUGUCGAGGCGACCGUGGCGAAUCGGGUAUUCCGUCACGACAAUGGUGAGCCAAACGACCAGGAGGGCCUGGGGUUGACUCUCCGUUUGGAAGAUUUUGCAGACGCAAGAACCUGCCAAGAUUUUGGUGCCAUGGGCAGAGAAAUCUUCGUGUCCUGUGGAGAGCUAUACCAGUAUCUUGAAAGAGCGGAAACCACUUUGGAUGAUGUCGAAUCGACAACGUCGGAACAAGGCUCACCGCUGAAGAUGCACCAUCAAGCAAUAACGCCAGAAGAACAGCUUACCGAAUCCGACGAGGAGGCUUUUGUCGAGGACGAGGAGCGCGUUUCCGUGCGUCUUGAGCGAGACGAUGCUUCGUACGAAGGAAACUCUCCGGACUGACGGGGUGAAGCGAUGCAAACAUGAGCGCGUUUCAAGUAUCGAUGGGGGGCGCAUGGACUUCAUCACAAGGACAUGGACACUGACAAACACUGUCGAUUGGCACAAAAACCAGACUAGAUCGAGGCCGGAUCAAAACCGAAGACUGAGAUCUUACUCAAGGCAAGAAACUAAUAAAUAAUCAAAGCCAG